GUAUCAACUUCACGGCAGAGUACCUAUCCUGGGAGAAGCAAUGGCAAACACCACAGGCAAGAAGCGCGCCCGCAAGUCGUUGGGAUUCACGCAUAAAAAACGACGUCGUGCGCCAAAAACUGGCUCGACUAGUCUAACACAGGCAGAGCAAUCAUCCCAUCGACCAUCCCCCCAAUCAUCUCCUCAAUCAUCCCCUGAGCCAUCCCAUCAUUCGUCCAUUUCGGUUUCAGGGUCUGAGGAGGCGUCGAUAAUCCAGCAGCUGGAGAGUCGCAAUUCUCCAGUCCCAUCCCGCUUCGACGAAGAAGAUGAGGCGUAUCAGGCGGCUUGUAUCUUGUUCCAGCUUUCGAAGGGAGGAUACUCGUCGCCUGGCGAUUUAGUUGGCUGGUGCGAAAUAUGCUGCCCCAUCUGCCGCCAGUUGGCGGGCAGCUCGAGGCUCCCAGGCUGUCAACUGCCUGGCAGCUGUUAUCCGCCCCAGUUGGAUUCUCAGUUUCUCCCACAAGGUGAAUUCUUCUACCCUAGUGCACACACUGAGAUUCCUUCAGCUGGAAGAAACACCAACGGAGCGGAUUUUGUUCACAACUAUCCUAGCUACCCACGCCACAACUACCCUUCUCGAUCGUCAUCGCCUACGUCAGGACGAAACUCGGCACCUCCAUAUUCCCGGCCUUAUCAACAUCUGCCACCCCUCUUGCAACACCGGGAAGCUGGAUCCGGCUCUAACAGCACCGAGGCACUUCCCGCCUCUACGCCCUCCCUUACGCGGUCCAACAGCCCGGGCCAGCAUUCGGGAAACGGGCUCUUGUAUUCUGCCGCCUUCGCCGACCCCGAGCGGGACUUGGAGGGUACCAUCUCCAACCCCGGGACCGACGAUGGAGCGCAAGAAUGAAGCAACCCACCGAAACUUCGGGCUUCGGCCCAAGCCGCCUGAUCUUCGC